UAAUUUAUUAACACUGCGCCCAUUUUGAAGCAAAAUCUCAAUAUCACUCCAUACAAAAUCUAACUCGGAAUUAUUCAGAUUUCAGAGACCUCACUUUCAUAGCUUCUUCAUUUGUAGCAGACUUAUCCACUAAUGGAGGAUGACAAGAAGAGGAGGAAGAAGAACAAAAAGAAGAAGAAUAAGCAAACAAACGAACCAACUGAAACCGACAAACUUGAUGAUAAGGAAUCAACUUCUGAUAGCCAGAUAGGAGAGAAGUCUGAUGUUAAAGUAUCAGAGAUUGCAGAUGCGCCAAAUGAUGAUAUAGGGCACAUAACUGCGGAUGGGGAUGGAGGUCUUGCCAAUGGCACUGAAGUUAUAAACCUGGCCGAAGUGGAGAAACAGAAUUGUCUGGAUAGAGAGGGCAUUCUUGAAGGAAAAGUUAACAAACUUCAGUCUGAAAAGGACGCUCAAGUACAGAAAGAGGCUAGUCAAAGUGAAAAAAUCAAGCUGUUAGAUGACGAAAAGAACGCAUUGGUGCAAAAUGAGGCUAGGUUAAAGGAGAGACUAGCAGAGUUGGAAAAGGAAAACAAUGCAUUGAUCCAGAAAGAGGGUAUCUGUGAAGGGGUUUAA